ACAAAUUUCAAGGUGUAUGAUGAAUGAAAGGGAUCAGUAAUGUAAAGCAAUUUUGUGGCCAUCCCAAUGGGUGCUCAUUUGCUAAAUUUUCCACUGCUGGAUCAUCUUUUAUUUUGAUUGGAAGUGAUGAUGAGUCUUCAAAGCUGUUAUCCAUUGACCAUGAGGAAUUGAAAGAGGCAUGCAGUUUUCACGAUCACAGGGGUUACAUCAAUCAUGGCGAUUUCAGUUAUGAUGGAAAAAAGUUUGCCACAUGCUCCAAUGACAAAACUGCAAUAGUGUACUCUCUUGAAACUGGUAAGGCAGUCAGCCAGAUCACACAUCACAACUUUGGAGUGAGCUGGUGCACCUUCUCGCCAGACAGUGCAGUUUUGUGCACAUGCAGCUGGGAUAAUAGCAUUGCUCUUUCUUGUGCUGAAACUGGACGAUUUGUUGGAAAUUUACUGGGCCACAGAAACCCUGUCACUUCAGCUGAUUUCAGCAUCUCUGGCCAGUUGGCUACCUCCUCGUGGGAUAAGAUGAUACGAAUCUGGGACAUCAGCAAAGGAGUGUCAUGUCCUAUGUCGGGACACAUAGAUGUAGUGUGGGGUGUAGCUUACAGUCCCACUAACGCACACGUCUUAGCCUCCGUCAGUAGGGACAGUACCACUUCCAUUUGGGACACUAGAAUGGGAGGAAGGGUUGCGACACUGUCGGACGGAUCUGUUAAAAUGAACUGUGUCACUUUCUCCCCCAAUGGAGAGUAUCUGGUAUCUGCUGGUUCCAGAUCUAAUAUUACUCUCAGACACCCCUCAAAUCUAGGUCAACAACUCACACACACCAGUGGACACAGAGGGCGAAUAAACAGCGUUUCUUUUUCUCCCUGCAGCAGGUUCUUAGCCACUGCGGGAGAAGAUGGUCUGGUAAACAUAUGGGACACAACAAACCCAGUCAAAGACGAUGUGGAUGAUCUCUCAAACAUGCUAAACUACUCCGAUAUGAUGGGAAAGAACGCAGGCAGUGCAGCUAUGGGAUUGUGAGACUUGUGGAGUAUUAUGUAAUUGUUAAUAUGACGGUAUAAUAUGGGAUAAUCAGUGGAAUUCAGGUUGAACUUUUAGAAUUUAGAUGCUAGUAUAUUUAGUAUUUACUGCUAUAAGUUUUAUCAAGGGUACGUUGAUUUUAAGAAUGACAUUAUCGACAAUUAUUAUCAUUAUUAUAUAAUAGUAUUAUGCAUUCAAUUUACAUUGUUUACAGUAUCUUAUUUUUAUGAUAUUUUUUGUAUUCUUAAUAUUAAAACAAAGAUGGUUAACCUUAAUUUUUGUUUAUAUCGUGUUAUUAUGUAUCACUAAGUUAUAGUGUUGUUUUGGACGAUCAAAUAAGAUUAAUAAUAGCCAUAGUUUAAAAAUAAUAUGAUAUUAUGAAGCUGUUUUAUGUAACGAACUGGGUCUGUCAUUUCGACUUGAAGUUUAUGAAAUUCGAUAACAAUUUUACUAUAUUAUUUGGAUGUGACUUUAUAUCUUAUAGUUAUAUUUUAUGAAUUUCUAUUUUAUUGAGUGGUG